AUGAGCAUCCACAAGCUACUUGCGUCACUUCUGCUGUCCAUGUGUGUUCACGUGCUGUCUACCAGUGCUUGGUCCGUGAAUAAUUUCCUGAUGACGGGUCCUAAGGCUUACUUGACUUAUGCGAGCAGCGUUCAGGUGGGCGCGCGCAAAGGCAUAGCAGAGUGUAAGCACCAGUUCGCGUGGGACCGGUGGAACUGCCCGGAGAGCGCGCUACAGCUCUCCACACAGAGCGGCGCACGAGGGGGCACGAGAGAGGCUGCGUUCGUGCACGCCAUCAGUGCGGCGGGGGUGAUGCACGCGCUCACCAAGAACUGCAGCAUGGGGGAGCUGAGCCACUGCGGGUGCGAUGACUCCAACAUCGGCAAGAUGGGCGGCCGCGGUUGGAUGUGGGGCGGGUGCAGCGACAACGCGGACUUUGGAGAGAACAUCUCCAAGCAGUUCGUGGACACGCUGGAGAACGGGCAUGACGCGCGCGCUGCACUGAACCUUCACAAUAAUGAAGCCGGUCGACUCGCUGUGCGGGCGACCAUGAAGCGCGCGUGUAAGUGCCACGGCGUGUCGGGAAGCUGCAGCAUGCAAACCUGCUGGAUGCAGCUCGCGGAGUUCCGAGAUGUCGGGAACUACCUGAAGGUGAAGCACGACCAGGCGCAGGUGCUCGAGAUGGACAAGAGGCGCCUGCGAGCUGGAAACAGCGCUGACAACCGUGGCGCGCUAGCGGACGCGUUCAGUAGCAUCGCACGCACGGAACUCAUCUAUCUCGAGGACUCUCCCGACUACUGCGCGCGGAACCUGAGCCUAGGGCUGCAUGGCACCGAGGGGCGCGAGUGCUUGCAGAACAGUGACGUCAGUCUUUCCCAAUGGGAGCGACGCAGCUGCCGACGCCUUUGUCACGAGUGCGGACUGCGCGUGGAGCAGCGACGCGUGGAGACCUCAAGCAGUUGCAACUGCAAGUUCCACUGGUGCUGCACCGUCACGUGCGACACCUGCACUCAGGUGGUCACCAAAUAUUACUGCGCGCGACGCAAAGGCCGGAGGUCAAAGAAUGGCACGAGGCGGAGACAGCGCACGCGCAAAAACUGA